GCGAAGCUGUGCGGAGACCCCGGGGCCAAGGGCAGGGACGUCUGGCUUCCCUGCAAAGAGCGGAGGUGUGCGGCACAGGCCUCUGGGGGCCCGGGCUGGCAUCCCCCUGCCGCAGUAAAGGAAAAGGCGUGGCCGCGCGCGCCACCGGGCGAGUGCCCUUCCCCACCUGGGCCGUCACUGUGCCCGACCCUCCGCCGCUCCGCCACCUGCGGCCAGAGGCGACCUCCGGGUAGGGGGCCGGAGUGGUGCGCUCCGGCGGUUCGCGAGCCCGCGCCCCUGGUGGCCUCCCCCUGGCCUUCCCGGGGCUGCGGCUGCGCCAGAGCCACGCCCCAGGCGCGGCCGUGCCGUGGCUGCUCACGUCCCCACGGGAGCCGGGGCGGGGCCGGGAACCAGAGUCCGGGAAGGAAAGGGGCCCCGGCCGAGGCGACAGCGGCCCGCGGGUUGGUUGCGCGGCAUCCUGAGGGGUUGCGAGCGCGGAUUCGAGCCGGGCUGUCCCGGUGCGGGUUCGGGCUCCCUCCCUGGCCCCAUGGCCUUGGGCAAGUGCUGUGAGUGGCUGAGAUGCUGCGGCGGAGGGGAGCCCAGGCCCCGCACUGUGUGGUUGGGGCACCCCGAGAAGAGGGACCAGAGGUACCCUCGAAAUGUCAUCAACAAUCAGAAGUACAACGUCUUCACCUUUCUUCCUGGGGUGUUGUUCAACCAGUUCAAGUAUUUUUUCAACCUCUAUUUCUUGCUUCUUGCCUGCUCUCAGUUUGUUCCUGAAAUGAGACUUGGUGCACUCUAUACCUACUGGGUCCCGCUGGGCUUCGUGCUGGCCGUCACUGUCAUCCGAGAGGCGGUGGAAGAGAUCCGAUGUUACGUACGCGACAGAGAAGUCAACUGCCAGAUCUUCAGCCGGCUCACAGCCAGAGGGACGGUGAAAGUGAAGAGCUCCAAUAUCCAGGUUGGAGACCUUAUCAUCGUUGAAAAGAACCAGCGGGUCCCUGCUGACAUGAUCUUCCUGAGGACAUCGGAAAAAAACGGGUCGUGCUUCCUGCGCACGGACCAGCUGGACGGCGAGACCGACUGGAAGCUGCGGCUCCCCGUGGCCUGCGCGCAGAGGCUCCCCACCGCGGCCGACCUUCUUCAGAUCCGAUCCUAUGUUUACGCAGAAGAACCCAAUAUCGACAUUCACAACUUUGUGGGAACUUUUACCAGAGAGGACAGCGACCCUCCGAUCAGCGAGAGCUUGAGCAUAGAGAACACUCUCUGGGCCGGCACUGUCAUCGCGUCGGGUACCGUUGUGGGUGUUGUUCUGUACACGGGCAGAGAACUCCGGAGUGUCAUGAAUACCUCAAAUCCUCGAAGUAAGAUUGGCCUGUUUGACCUGGAAGUGAAUUGCCUCACCAAGAUCCUCUUUGGUGCUUUGGUGGUGGUGUCGCUCGUCAUGGUUGCCCUUCAGCACUUUGCCGGUCGUUGGUACCUACAGAUCAUCCGCUUCCUCCUCUUGUUCUCCAACAUCAUUCCCAUCAGUCUGCGUGUCAACCUGGACAUGGGCAAGAUCGUGUACAGCUGGGUGAUUCGGAGGGACUCGAAAAUCCCCGGGACCGUGGUUCGUUCCAGCACGAUCCCCGAGCAGCUGGGGAGGAUUUCCUACUUGCUCACAGACAAGACAGGAACGCUUACCCAGAAUGAGAUGGUUUUCAAACGGCUCCAUCUGGGCACCGUGGCCUAUGGCCUCGACUCCAUGGACGAAGUACAGAGCCACAUUUUUAGCAUUUAUACCCAGCAAUCCCAGGACCCGCCUGCUCAGAAGGGCCCCACGCUCACCACCAAGGUGCGGCGGACCAUGAGUAGCCGUGUGCACGAGGCCGUGAAGGCCAUCGCCCUCUGCCACAACGUGACUCCCGUGUACGAGUCCAACGGCGCGACCGACCAGGCCGAGGCUGAGAAGCGCUAUGAAGACUCCUGCCGUGUGUACCAGGCCUCCAGCCCGGAUGAGGUGGCCCUCGUACAGUGGACCGAAAGUGUGGGGCUGACCCUGGUGGGCCGGGACCAGUCUUCCAUGCAGCUGAGGACCCCUGGCGACCAGAUCCUGAACUUCACCAUCCUACAGAUCUUCCCUUUCACCUACGAAAGCAAGCGCAUGGGCAUCAUCGUGCGGGACGAGUCAACGGGAGAGAUCACGUUUUACAUGAAGGGAGCGGAUGUUGUCAUGGCUGGGAUCGUGCAGUACAAUGACUGGCUGGAGGAAGAGUGUGGAAACAUGGCCCGAGAAGGACUGCGGGUUCUCGUGGUGGCGAAGAAGUCUCUAGCAGAGGAGCAAUAUCAAGACUUUGAGGCCCGCUACGUCCAGGCCAAGCUGAGCGUGCACGACCGCUCCCUCAAAGUGGCCACGGUGAUCGAGAGCCUGGAGAUGGAAAUGGGGUUGCUCUGUCUCACGGGGGUGGAGGACCAGCUGCAGGCGGACGUGAGGCCCACCCUGGAGACGCUGAGGAACGCGGGCAUCAAGGUUUGGAUGCUGACGGGGGACAAGCUGGAGACAGCCACAUGCACAGCCAAGAAUGCACAUCUGGUGACCAGAAACCAAGACAUCCACGUUUUCCGGCUGGUGACCAACCGGAGUGAGGCCCACCUCGAGCUGAACGCUUUCCGCAGGAAGCAUGACUGCGCCCUGGUCAUCUCGGGGGACUCCCUGGAGAUUUGCCUCAAGUACUACGAGUACGAGUUCAUGGAGCUGGCCUGCCAGUGCCCGGCUGUCGUCUGCUGCCGCUGCACCCCCACCCAGAAGGCCCAGAUCGUGCGCCUGCUCCAGGAACGCACGGGGAAGCUCACCUGUGCGGUCGGUGACGGAGGCAAUGACGUCAGUAUGAUUCAGGAAUCCGACUGCGGUGUGGGGGUCGAGGGGAAGGAAGGAAAACAGGCUUCCCUGGCUGCAGACUUCUCCAUCACCCAGUUCAAGCACCUGGGCCGGUUGCUGAUGGUGCACGGCCGGAACAGCUACAAGCGGUCAGCUGCCCUCAGCCAGUUCGUGAUUCACAGAAGCCUCUGCAUCAGCACCAUGCAGGCUGUCUUUUCCUCUGUGUUUUACUUUGCGUCGGUUCCUCUCUACCAAGGAUUCCUCAUCAUUGGGUACUCCACCAUUUACACCAUGUUUCCCGUAUUCUCUCUGGUCCUGGACAAAGAUGUGAAGUCAGAAGUUGCCAUGCUGUAUCCUGAGCUCUACAAGGAUCUUCUCAAGGGAAGACCGUUGUCCUACAAGACCUUCUUAAUAUGGGUUUUGAUUAGCAUCUAUCAAGGGAGCACCAUCAUGUACGGGGCCCUGCUGCUGUUCGAGUCCGAGUUCGUGCACAUCGUGGCCAUUUCCUUCACGUCGCUGAUCCUCACGGAGCUGCUCAUGGUGGCCCUGACCAUCCAGACAUGGCACUGGCUCAUGACCGUGGCCGAGCUGCUCAGUCUGGCCUGCUACAUCGCCUCCCUGGUGUUCCUCCACGAGUUCAUCGAUGUGUACUUCAUCGCCACUUUGUCAUUCUUGUGGAAGGUGUCCGUUAUCACUCUGGUCAGCUGUCUCCCCCUGUACGUUCUCAAGUAUCUGCGGAGACGGUUCUCCCCGCCCAGCUACUCGAAGCUCACCUCGUAGGCGUGCGCGGGCCGAGGGCACCGCGGCCUCUGCGCCCUCCCGGUGGACAGAGUUCAAGUUGCGUUUUUUUUAACCGCCACCUGUGGAUCUCGCGGUAAUGGCUACCGCGUGCCGUUUGGACGCGAAGCGGCUGAAUGUGCAGAGUCCCGAGGCUGGUUCAACGGGGCAGGCUCCUGGGACGUGCCCGCGGGGGCCUGCUCGAGCCCCGGAUGACUCGGCCUCAAGUGAAUGUAUAUACGUGAAAGCUGGUGGCUCGGCUAACACAUUCAUACGUGGGUCACCGUGCGAGCUUCCGAGGACUGGGAUUCCGGUGUCGUGUGAUAGAAGUUUCUGUCCAGCUGCGGAUUGUAGAAGGGUUUGUUUGUGUUUUUGUUUUAAACAGUCCUAAUGUGUGUGUGCUCCCCGCGUCUUUCUCGCUCUGAAAAAACUGGCUGCGGAGAAGCAUCAAGCUCUCGGUCUACAGGUUUGUGGGAAAAGGCCAUGACUCUGGUCAAAAGUGACCCAGACGGUAGUCGCACGGCCGGAGUGCCACCCACCCCGCCCGAGGCCGCUCUGCUUGCCGAAGCCACGCUGCCUUCCCAGAGCGACACAGAGCGGACCAGGGCAGAGCGAGCGAGCCGUAAAUCCCCUCUGUUCUCCUGCGUCAGAUUCAGCUUCGACGGUGCCCGAGUUAGCGCCACCUGCCUCCUCGUAAAAGAAUUUCAAAGGUGUUACCCUGCUGUGUUCGGACCUGGUAACAAUUACAAAGCCUGUGGCCAUCUGAGGACACCCCUCAGACAUUUUCAGCAGUUGCUUUAGCAGGAAAGGUGCCACCGAACGGCUCCUAAAUGUGUCGACAGGGUGAUAAGAGACUCAGCUAAUUCUUUAGACAAUGUAGCAUAUGAGGCUCAGGCCUCCUGAGUCCAGAGUGCAGGGUCAGGGCUGGGGGCUCUCGGCUUCCACAGAAAUCUGUUUCCCAUCAGGAGGAUGAAAUGGCCAAGGCAGAGGCAUCAUAACCAUGCCCUUCGUCGGCGGCAGCUUCGAGCAGAGAGUCCCUGGGAGGAGGAGGCCCAGGCUGCCGGCUCUGGGGUCGGGGCUCCGUUCCGCUGCCUCUCGAGAUCUCCAGGGGGAGCUUGCUGGAAGGCCGCCAGCGGUAGAGACCCCUCCCCCACCGGGAUGGCGUACCCGCACGUGUGUUUCUUAUAAAGCUGUGGCUUCUCUUUCCAGAGGAGGGAAGGGAGUUUUCAAGCGCUGGGCGUGGCGGGGCAAGGCAUUCUUGGGUUUUCGAGUCACUUGGUGCCACAUAUGCGUGCCAUCAGGGUUAAGUCGGCGGAUCUUCCAGUGACUGUUUGCGAUCUCGGAUCCGUGGUUAAUUCCUUCAGCCCUUCAGCAUGACGCUUCUUGUGCGUGCUUCAGAGACGCGAGCUCCAGCCUGGCCGCCGCGCCCACGGCCCUACGCUCAGCCUGCGGCUGGGGGGUUGGGGGCGGGAGGAGCGGGCACAUCGGUUCCUGGCCUUGGGAGCACUCUCCAUAUGCUCAUGUACUUAUGUUGCCCUUUUAAACCCUUAUAAAAUGAUUCUAAGUUUCAGGCACUGGGUAAACUGGCUCUUGGCAUUGCUUCUGUUUUAAGAUUCUGCAUUUUUGCAGUAUUUCGGCCGUUCUGUUCCAGCCAUCUCUGCCACACCGGAAGGAUCUGCAGGGCAUAUAGGUCGCCGUGAAUGAAUGGUUAUUUAGGAAUAGGACCUUUCAGCCGGAAAGAUUGAACGGGUCUGACUUCUCUCUGAGUGAUGUUACGUAGUUUCAAAGGUAGAGGAGGGAGCCUUGGGCUCAGGAGUUCAUACUUUGAUCUGUCUUCUUAGAAGCCCGAUUGUAAGUCUUAAGCUGUUCUGAUCUGAGGUUGCAAACCCUGAACCUGGCCUUGUUCACAGACAGGUGAUGGCUUCUGCAGGUAGGUCUUGCCAGAAGUGCUGUGAGGAAAUUUUGGACGUUCCCAGCAGAUACAGGGAGACGGUCUCUUGCUUUGUGUUUUUUCCCCCUCAAGUCCCAAGUUCGAUCCAGGUGUGUGAGCUGACUUUUGAAGUCAACGCCUGGGAUGCCACCUGACAUCUCCCAGGAAGAGAGCUGCCGAAGAAGCCACGCCUGAAAGUGGAGGGGUGCUGGUCUGUGCCAUU